UUGUAGGAAAGUAAAAACAACUGCGUACCCCAGUACUUGAAAACCUUCCUUGGGCGAACCCCACAACCUCUUCACUUAAAUACCCCACACAACCUUUCUUAUUCUCCUCCUCCAACCUACAAAAACCAUACAAUCCCAAGCCUUCUCUCUCUCUCUUCUUCUUCUCUGUUUCGGUGUUUUGCUUCGUUCAGUUUGUAGUGAAAAUGCGUAUGAGCUGUAAUGGAUGCCGAGUGCUGCGCAAAGGGUGCAGUGAGAAUUGCAGUAUCAGGCCUUGUUUGCAGUGGAUCAAGAGCUCCGAGUCCCAAGCCAACGCUACUGUUUUCCUUGCCAAGUUCUACGGCCGCGCUGGCCUCAUGAAUCUCAUCAACGCCGGCCCUGAACACCUCCGCCCUGCGAUUUUUAGGUCUUUGCUAUACGAGGCAUGUGGAAGGAUAGUGAACCCGAUUUAUGGGUCGGUCGGGUUGUUGUGGUCCGGCAGCUGGCAGCUCUGCCAAUCCGCCGUGGAAGCCGUGCUAAAGGGCGCACCGAUCACGCCGAUAACGUCGGAAGCCGCGGCGAACGACCAUGGGCCGCCCCUGAAGGCCUACGACAUUCGCCACGUGUCCAAGGACGAGAACUCGGCCGCGUCCAACGAGCCCCACCGGAUCAGAACUCGGUGCCGAUUCAAGCGUUCCGUGAUCAAGCCGAGAGCCAGCAAAGCCGGACACGGCGCGGCUCGGGACGUGAAGCCCAGGUACGAGGAUGGGUGCUGUACGGACGAGAUGAACCGAUCGACAAGCCACGAGUCGUCCCUGAGCCACCAGUCGGAGCUUGCGCCUAAUGUGGAGGGCGAGAGCAAAGAGACCGAGAGCAUGAUCUCCGUGGAGACGGCUGAGGCUUCAGUCUUGUUCCGGGCCGAGCCGGAGUCCGUGCGUAAGCCCGAUGAGCAUCAGGGUCAGGACAGCGAGGUAGCUCUGGAGCUAACACUGGGAAUGGAGCCGGUGUCACGUGCCUGUCACGUGGUUCCCGUGAAGAAGAGAAGGGUCGAGGCUUAUGUCGGUGGUGGCUCGGCUGAGUUCCGCGGCGCGUGUAAGAUGGAGCUGGGGCUUUAAAUUUUAAUCAUCCGGCUUUAGAGUGAAGCGCAAGUAAACAAAACUUUUAAAAAAAGUCAAGUCCAGUUUUGACGGCUCAGAUCGGCUCUUGUCAAUUUCAUAGAAGAGAUCAUGACCCUUGCUUUUUUUUUUUUUCUUGUGGUUUUACUUUUUUUGACUGUACUUUUUUUUUUGUUUUUUGGUUGUCUUUCCUUCUUUACCCUUUGUGACGAGGUGUACAAAUGUGGUUGCAACUUGCAAAUAUAGAAGGUGGUAAAUUAACAGAGGGAGAAAAGAAAAAGCAGAAAAAAUCUUUGAUAAA